AUGUCUUCACCUCAAAACGUCACUUUCCUCGCGCGCAACUUGAAGCUUGCGGGCCACUACUACCCUCCUGCAUCAGGUUCACCCAACCGCUCUGGCGCCGCGGUGAUCAUCUGCCAUCCCUGGACCUCUAUAAAAGAGCAGUCGCCAGCCAACUAUGCCCGGGUCCUCACCCAAGCCGGGUUCACCUGUUUGACUUAUGACGCCGCCUACCAGGGCGAAUCUGAGGGCGAACCGCGCGAUCUAGAAGACCCCUACCAGCGCGUGGAGGACAUCAAAUGCGCCGUAACCUACCUAGUCAGCCGACAGGAUGUCAACAGUGACAAGAUCGGUGUGCUCGGCAUCUGCGCGUCGGGCGGAUAUGCCCCCUUCGCCGCGCAGACAGAUCUGCGCAUCAAGGCGUGCGCCACCUCUGCCGCAGUUUGCGUCGGCACCAUGGCCCGCCGUGGAUACGACAAAGAUUCAUCCAACCUGGAGGUUCUCAAAUCGCAACUUGAGGCCGCAGGCAAGGACCGCAACAGCGACAUAGGCGGCGAGAAGGUUCCAACUGUGCACAUGCUGCCUCCCAAGCCUGAGGAUGCACCAGAGGGAUUCCCAGACUCGUUCCGCGAUCUAAUGAACUAUUAUCGCACCCCCAGAGCGCAUCACCCGCGCGCGACGAAUACCUGUUUGCCGCGCAGCUGGGAUAUCAUGGGCAACUUUGAUGCUUUUGCGCAUAUUGAUAUGAUUAGCCCCAGGCCAUUGCUGAUGAUCACUGGUUCCAAGGCGGCGACGAAGUGGUAUAGUGAGGAUGCGGUGCAGAAGGCUAAGGAGCCGAAGGAGUUGUAUGUUGUUGAUGGGCUUACGCAUGCGGAUUUGUAUGAUCACGUUGAUGAGGCGGGGGGUAGGUGUGCAGAGUUCUUUGCAAAGAGCUUGGCUUAA